AUGGCAUCUUUUGGCCAACCUAUACAUCACGGUCAAUUGACCCAAUAUCCUUCGUCAUUCCCCCCACCACCAUCUUACCCUGGCGGGAACCAAUUCGCGCCCCUAUUAUAUCAAAUUCCCCCACGAAGCACGCAGUUCACUUCAUGGCAGCAGAAUAAUACUUUGCUCCCGGCCAACAAUACGUCCAUCGCCCAAAUCGCUAGUGAUCCAUACAAUGAAGAUGUUCGUCUCCUUCAAAGCCUCCAGGAAAGCAAUCAGAUGCUGUCUGAAAAGACUAGAUCUGAUAUAGUGCAAAAAAUCGUGAUUGGUGUCUACGAAAAUGCGAGUCUGAGUGUGAGGGAUAAAAGUACUUGUGUUUCUUACGUGCGGAGCAUGAAGAUGUACGCGAGUCUCAUAGCAAAUAUAUUCACGCAUGUGACACUUUGUACACCAAAAACUUCUAGUUUCAUCGCCGAGCUCCAAGAUAUGCUCAAAAUAUGGAAAACAUGGGAUAAUUUGACUUCUCUGAUCAACCAUGGGAAGAUGAAGGCUGCAUUGCGUGAGCUAUACGAAAGGUCUCAAGUUGUCAGCAAAGGUCAUCAAUGCAAUGUCACAUUGAACCAUCCCUUGGAAGUACCCGACGAAGAUGUGGAAUAUGUGUCAGCUCUUCUAGCGACGAUCUUGACAAACGAUGAAGACGUCCAGAAGUUCUACAGCUGCACAAAUGAUGAUGCGCAGUCAUUGAUUGACCUGGUACAGGCACUUCUGGAUGCGCAUAAUGUGGAUAUUCAUGCUAUCUUCAAGCGAGUAUUGUUACAUGCUCUUAUUCGACUAUCGAGGAAAUCUGGCCAUUACCCAGGAGGAAUGGCAUUACGGGAGUUGCAAUAUAGCGGAGCCCCCAUUACUGGAGGUGGAUUUGGUGACAUCUACAAAGGUUCUGUGCUUGAACGCGCGGUAGCUGUCAAAGUUUUGCGAACCUUUGGUACAGAGCAGGAACUUCUCAAGAGUUUGUCAUGUGAAGUUGUUGUCUGGCGCAAUACGAAGCAUCCCAACCUUCUACCCUUCUACGGCGUUUUUCGUCAGGAAAAUCUAAGCGCCAUUUGCCUUGUUUCACCCUGGAUGGAUAAUGGAACGGUAACCAAUUACGUACGAAAUCAUGAUAAUGUGGAUUAUUUUUCCUUGAUUAUGGACAUCGCCAAAGGUCUCCAAUACCUGCAUGGAAUGUUGCCUACCAUCGUUCAUGGAGAUAUCAAAGGGGCAAAUAUCUUUGUCUCUCCGUUAGGAAGAGCCUGUCUAGCUGAUUUUGGACUAGCGGCUGUUAAUGACAUACUGCUGAAGUUACCAUCUACUACACGCCAUCUUGGCUUGUCCGUACGAUACUCUGCACCCGAAAUUUUGCGUGCGAGUCAAGCCAUGGACGGAAAGCCAACACGAGCGACCACCAUGAGUGACAUUUAUUCCUUUGCAUGCGUGUGUUAUGAGAUAUAUUCCAAGUUGGAGCCGUUCGGAAAUAGUGACUCCAACCAAACAUCCAUUGCUGUCCUCCAAGGCCGAAGGCCCUCUCGUCCUAAUAGUCAACAACUGGAUGAUGCCCUGUGGCAGUAUAUAGAAAAGUGUUGGCACCAAGAGAGCAAAGCACGACCCACAGCUGAGGCAGUUGUUUCGUAUCUAUCGUCGAGGCGACCGGCAAACGGUGCUCUCGAGCCCCAUCCUGACAAAGAAUGGGAUGAUGAUUUUCGAGUCCAAAUCACGUAUCCCUUAGCUCAACACCCCUUCCACUUCUUAGCAAACUAAGGAGAAAAUAUGAGCCAAACAUUCACAUACGCGGUUAUAUACUUCUGCCUAGGCUUAAAAUGGCAUCCGACUUAAUAUAGUUUAUCACUCGAUAUGAUUGAGCGUUUCCUACCUCCAUCGGAUUAUACUCAGCUGCGGAUGGAGAAACACGAUUUGAUUUGUACUUGUAUUCAUGAAAUUAUACCAUACAUGGCUUACUCGGCCUUCAUUGUGUCUGAUGUCAGACGCUGGACGGUCUGCAACGAUGUGAACCUACACUUUAUAUCUCAAUUACUGCUUGAAUAUAGUGCAAUUCAACAUCAUCGUUUGGUCACAUCG